UAAAAAAGGAGGAUAAAACGAGAAGGGAAAAAAACAAAAAAAAAAGAGGUCGCCUCUCUUUCUCAUCUCCGACCUCCCACCACGAGAGGCGAGGGGAAUUCGUCUCUUCUUUUUUGCUUUCUUGCGAAGAUUCCUCUCCUUUUCGAUCGAGUAGAGGGCAUUUGUAUUCGAUCUAGAGGAGGAGGAAGAGGCGUCGGGAAUCAAAGAGGGGGAGGAGAUGUUCAAGUUGCAUCGGUACAGGUCUGACCGGUUCGGGGAGAAGGUCGAGUUCAAGCUCUCCAAUCUGCAGGCCGUCAAGGUUCCUAGAGGAUGGGACAAACUUCUUCUUUCUAUUGUCUCAGUGGAGUCUGGAAAAACAAUCGCAAGAACCGGCAGAGCUACAGUGAGAAGUGGAAAUUGUCAGUGGACUGAGACAGAGUCUAUAUGGGUGUCUCAAGAUGAUGCAUCUAAAGAGCUUGAAGAAUGUCGAUUUAAGAUUGUUGUUUCCCCAGCUUCUUCUAGGUCUGUAGUUAUUGGUGAGGUUACCUUGAACCUAGCAGAUUAUCUGAGUUCAGGAGAAAUCGGUCCUCUUCUUCUUCCAUUAAAGAAGUGUGAUUCUGGGACAACUUUACAGGUCAAGAUUCAGUGUUGUACCCCAAUAUCAAAAUCCAGGGUCGGAAAAUCUUGGAAAGAAACGUCUCAUCUCGAUGAUCAAACUAAUAAUGAUGAACUGGACAGCAAAUCAGAUGGAUCUGACAAUUUAAUUAAUAAAAGUGUUGGAUCUUCUUCAAGUAAUCAUUUCGGCAAUAAUUCUUAUCCAGAUGAGUCUGGAAAUAGGGAUACAAGCUUCUCAGCAUCAGGGUCACGUCAUAGUUCUGACUCAGGGGAUAGUUUAAGCAGGACAGGACUUUCACCCAAAAACAGCUUAAAUGGGGGACAAUACAUUGGAAGACAAGAUUCAUCUGGUUCCCACAUAAGUGCAACUUAUAGCACAGGUCCUGGAGGAUCAAAUCCAUCAUCUUUCAACUCUAGGGCAUCAGUUUCUUCAGUACAUAACAAUCAAUGGCAAGACAUGGCCGCACAGACUUCAGAACAUGGAACAGUGCCAUUGUUAAGGCCCUCUGAUUCUUCAAAGGAUUUACUUGAAUCUGCUGAAGAGAUAGAGGAACUCCGUGAUGAAGUUAAGAUGUGGGAGAGACAUUCUCAGCAGUUGAAACUGGAUCUUGAGCUUUUAAAGAAGGAAAAUUCUGAGAAAUCCAAGCAUCAGGUAAAUCUGGAUAGGCAGCUUUCAGCUGCAUCCAGUGAACGUGACUCUUUAAAGCUAGAAGUUGAACGGCUAAAAGCAGCAUUAGAGGAAUCAACGUCAAAACAAACAGAUAUUAUCAAUUUUAAAAAUGAGGAUUUGGUUCAUGUUCAGAAGGAACUGGAGGAUGAGCUGAAGUUUCAGAACGACUCCAAUGCCAAUUUAACUCAACAGCUGAGAAAAACCCAAGAAUCAAACAUUGAGCUUGUUGCUAUUCUUCAGGAAUUAGAAGAAAUUACAGAGAAACAGCGUUUGGAAAUAGCUAAUCUUUCACAGCAGAACUGUGUAAAUGAACGUGAAAAACAAGAGAGGAGUCAAAAGUCUUUGGAAAAUGAGUCUGAAUGGGAGAGAAAAGUAUCUCUGAAAGAAGAAGAAACUGUUAAGCUAGAGUCACCCAACAUUGUCAAGAAUGAGCGGCAAUAUGAAUAUGAUGGAAAUCAUUCUGAUCUGAUAAAAGAAGUUGAGGUACUUAAAAAUAAAGUGCAUGAACUAGAACAGGACUGUGCUGAACUUACAGAAGAAAACCUAGAUCUCAUAUUUAAGUUGAAGGAAUUUAGCAAAGAUACUGAUAAAGGAAGCCAAUCACAUGGUUCUAGGUCUAUAGAGUAUCAUGAUCAUAAUUUAUCUAAUAAUUGUGAGUAUGAAAAUGGUUUGCUUACAUCUCAUAUCUAUGAAAUUGAGGAUGAGCUUGUAAAGAAGGAAGUCAUGACUCCACCAUUGUCAGCUAAGCUCAAGGAUCUUGAGAAAGCAUCUGCUUAUCUUGAGAAAGAACUACAACAUUAUAAGGAUGAAGCAAGUUCUUUCGAGACAAAGCUCCACCAAAGCAAUAAGGAAUUCGAAGAAAUGAACAUAGAGUUAUCCAAUCUACAGCAAAAACUUAACUUAAACAUUGACACUGACUUGGAGGGUUUAAAUGCUUUUCCUAUGAAAGGAUUUGAAAAUGAAGAGUCAUUCAGCUCCUCAAAUAUGCAAACUGUAUUGUUUGAAAUGGAUAAGCAAACUCAUCUUGCUUUAGCUCAAGCAAGAAACUUGCUUGCUAAUGAUAGCAUCGAUGCUGAAAAUGUGUGUGGAAGUGAUACUGAUUCAACACUUCCAACUACAGAUCCCAUCUCGCAGAAAAAUCUGGCAGAGGAUAUUACUAAAAAUUUGCAUGAGUUAAAUACUUUAUUAAGAGAAAACAUUUUCAGAUGCAACUCUAUGUCUCAACAUGAAAGCUCUGGGAUCAACCAGAGAAUAAAUAAUACAGAAGCUCCAGACCAGCUAAAAGAUGAAGGUUUUAUGGAACAAGAACCUGAAUAUGCAGGAAAUAAAACCAGAAGCAAGGAAAUUUUUGAGCAUGAGUUCCAGUCUGACUUAUUGCUUAAGGAACAAGAGAUAGAUAGACUCAAACAUUCUAACAAGGAGCUAGAAGAUCUUAUUUCCUAUCUUCAGAAAGAGAAAUGUCAAUUGGAGGAAGAUUUUGCUUCUUUACGUAGAGAAAGUAGUGACACAUCCAAACACUUGGAACAUGUGGAGCAUGAUUUAAUGGUGCUUACCGGUCAAAUUGAAUAUCAUGUUUCUUCUAAUAAGGCUCUUGAAAGAAAGUCAAUGGAACUUGAAAGUUGCAAAAAUGAACUAGAGUUGCAUGUAUCUGAGCUUGAACAAGACAAUGUAAAAUUAUCAGAACGCAUAUCUGGUUUAGAAGCCCAACUAAGAUACAUAACGAAUGAGAAAGAGUCCAACCGAUUGGAACUCGAAGAUACCAUUUCUCUUAUUGAAGAAUUGAAGGAUGAAGUUGAACAACAGAGAGAUGAAAUGGAGAUGCAGAAAGCAGAACUAAAACAAAAACUGCAAGAGACACAAAAGCGGUUAUCAGAAGCAUUAGAGGAGUCCGAUAUUUCAAGGAGAUCAAACUUGAAACUGCAAGCUACAAUUGAAAAUCUUAUUGAAGAGUGCAACUCUCUCCAGAAUCUAACUGGAGACUUGAAGAGGCAGAAACUGGAACUGCAUGAACGCAUUACACGUCUUGAAGUUGACUUGAAUGAAUCAAAAAAGAAGGAUUUUGAUUUCUGUGACCAAAUUGAUCUUUUAGAACUGAAACUUUCUUCGCUGCAAAAAGACAUUGGAUCGAAGGAGAAGUCACUAUUGUCACAACUUGAGAAAAUGUUCCAAGAUCACAAGGAACAUGAAGAUAAAAUAGCGAAGGUACAUAUUUUGUUAAAUAGGAUUGAAUUAGAGAUAACAGUUGAAGUUGAGAACCUUGAGAAAGAGAUAGCUGACCUUACUGCACAAAUGUCAUUAAAUUAUGACGAACGUGAAAAAGUAGCAUCAGAUGCAAUUCAUGAAGCAUCUCUCCUACGUUCAGAAAAAGCAAGAUUUGAAUGUAGUCUUCAGGAAGUUAAUUCAAAAGUUGAGCUGUAUGAGACUGAUUUACAAGCUCUCCAGCAAGAGUCCAAGAAUAAGAUUCAAGGAUUAGUUGAUUUGCUUAAUGCUUCUAAACAAAGUGAGGAAAUGUUGAUGGCUGACAUUGAGCAUAUGCAACGAAUAAUGGAGGGUGUCAAAUAUAGUGAAGAGAAAUACAGAAAAUUGGCAACCGAUUUAGAACUAAGGCUUAAAACUUCUGACUAUGAAAAACAGCACGCAAUGGAAGAGAUUUCUGGAUUGGAAGUUCAAUUGCAAAAACUCUUUCAUCUUCAAAAUUCAGUCUUGGACCUUAAAGGUUCUCUUGAUGAGGCAGACUUUGAAAAGCGAAAAUUGGAGUUGUUGUUGGAGUCGGUAACACAAGAGAGUGAAGAAUUGAAAGCAGAGAAUACAGUCUUGAUGGAGAAAGUUUCCAUUAUGCAGAAAGCUUUAAGUGAUGGUCAAGAUGAUAGGCGCAGUAAAAUCGCCUUGCAAGAAAAACUUGUGAGGCUGGAGAGUGACCUUUCAGUAAAAGAAGCAUCAUAUGUCUAUGAAGCAGAAUUGAAGAAUGAACUUAGUAGGAUAAAAAGAACAAACAGUGAGUACCAAAGAAUGUUUCAAAAUCUUGAGCAGGAGAAUGUCGAGUUAAUGAACAAAGUGCAGAACAUGGAAGAGGAACUCAUGCUGAGGAAAACAACCCACCAGGAUGAGAAAAUCAGCAGUGAGGAUGAUAGCAAUUCAUGUGACCAUACGGAGGUUCCAGAUGACAGUAAGGAAGUUGAUCAUGAGUCCGAUAUCCCUUUACAUGGUACAGAACAUACUGAGGCUGGAGGGGUAAAUAACAUGCGCAAGGAACAACUUAAAAGAGGCAUCUCCCGGAAGCAAGCUGGUAACAUUGAAGCCCUCAAGAAAACUCUGAAGGAGAAUGCAGAUAAAAUCUCAUCUUUAGAGACAGAGCUUAAAGACAUGAGAGAACGGUACCUUCAUAUGAGUCUUCAAUAUGCUGAAGUGGAGGCUCAGCGUGAAGAACUGGUAAUGCAGCUUAAGUCUGUGAAGAAGGAAAAGAGGUGGUUCUCGUGAACCUGGAAUUCCCCCAACCACGUCCUUUCUCCUGCCUAGAACUAGUUCAUAUUCUUUUUUCCUUGUAGUUUUUGUUCUUCAUUGUCAUUCAUUGCGGGCAUAAAAUUUACCUAAUCUUUUGUUGAUUUCUAGCAGAUUAUAUAUAAAUAGUCAUCCUGCUGCCCUACGAGAUCUAAAAUGUAUAUAGAAUUGGUUAUAAUCCGGUGAAUAAUAGUGUCAUAUAUAUUUAGUUGGUUUUCUUUA